AUGAAGUCAACUGCAAAGUCAGCUUUACCUUGCAGCAUUAUUGCAAUAUUGCUCUCUCUUCCUUACAUUCUCAAAAUCCAAUCACUCACUCAUUCAUUUCCUGUUCUUCUGAUCUGUAUCAUAUCAAUGGCUGAAGCACUUGUUGCUGGAGCUUUUCUCUCUGGCAUAAUCAACGUUGUUUUUGACAGGCUCAUUUCGUCUGAGUUUGUCAACUUGGUGGUGGGGAAGAAGCUGAACCGACAGUUGGUUGAGAGGCUGCAGACUGCUCUCUUGGCUGCCAAAGCUCUGGUCGCAGAUGCCGAGCAGAAGCAGUUUGGAAAUGAACUUGUGAGGAAAUGGCUUGAUAGUCUCAAGGAUGCUGUCUACACUGCUGAUGACUUGUUGGACCGUGUCUUAAUCAGAGCUGAAAUUCGCAAGAAGGUACGCAUUCAUCUUCCUCGCUUCCUUAAUUUGUAUAGUAGGAAGAUGGCGACUAAGAUAGAAGACGUGGUAAAAAGAAUAGAAGAUCUUGAGAAACGCAAAGAUAGCCUUGGUCUCAAAGAGAUUCCAACGGGAAGCUCCUCAUGGAGACCUCCAUCCACUUCUCUUGUCAAGGGGAAUAUGAUUGGCAGGGAUGGUGAGAAACAGGCACUAAUCAAGAUGCUCAAUGACAACAAUCAUCAUAUGUUGUCCGUCAUCUCUAUUGUUGGUAUGGGCGGGGUUGGCAAAACUACUUUAGCACAAUGGCUGUACAACAAUAAGGAUUUGAUGGACGGGGUUGAUCUGAAAGCAUGGAUUUGUGUUUCUGAAAAUUUUGAUGUUGUUGAGACUACUAAGAAUGUUAUAAAGGGGAUCUCUUCAGGUGUUUGUAGUCUUGACAGCUUUGAUUUACUUCAACAAGAUUUGAAGAAAAAACUGUCAGAAAAGAAGUUCUUCAUUGUUUUAGACGAUGUUUGGAGUGAAGAUGCUGACAAGUGGAAUAGUUUUAUUACCCCUUUUCAACAUGGGAGAAAGGGAAGCACUGUUCUUCUAACUACCUGCAAGAUAAAUGUUGGUCCAAUAGUCCAACACUAUAACUCUUACACUCUCAAGCAACUGUCAGAUGAUUAUUGUUGGUCUAUUUUUGCGGACAAUGCAUCCUUUCCUGAAUCAAAUGGGAGCUCAGAACUGGAAGGAAUAGGUAGAAAGAUUGUCAAGAGGUGUGAUGGCUUGCCGUUAGCUGCAGAAACACUUGGACGCUUGUUGCGCUCAGAGCAUCGUGUUGAAGAAUGGAAUAAGAUACUAUUCAAUGACAUUUGGGAAUUUCCUGCGGCAAAUUGUAAGAUUGUUCCUGCAUUGUUAAUAAGUUACUAUCAUCUGCCUGCUCAUUUAAAACAUUGCUUUGUUUAUUGUUCAUUGUAUCCCAAAGAUCAUAAACUUGAUAAAGAUGAAUUAAUCUUGCUGUGGAUGGCUGAAGGUCUUUUACGACCACCAAAGAAGGGAGAGACUUUAGAAGAAGUUGGUUACGAGUGUUUUGAUCAGUUGGCUUCAAGACUAUUUUUCAAGCGGGUCCAAUAUAGUGAAAAGUAUUUUGUGAUGCAUGAUCUCAUGCACGACUUGGCAACUUUUCUUGCUGGAGAUCUUUAUUGUAGAAUCUCAGAACUUGGUGAAAAGGAUGACAUGAGUAUUUUGACUCGUCAUUUGUCAUACAAUCAUUCAAUCCCUGAGGAAACAUGCUCCUCUAGUAAAAUAGAAUCUUUGAGGACAUUGUUGUAUAUCAAUCAUCGAGCUGGUUUCUUGAAAGCAGAUACAAUGUUACCAUGUGAUAUGUUGUCGAAGAAUAAAUAUUUGAGAGUUUUGUCCUUUGGUAAACUCGAUAUAUUUCCUGAUCCAAUAGAUAAAUUGAUCCAAUUGCGCUAUUUGGAUCUUUCUAGGAGUAAUAUUGAGGUAUUGCCGCAGUUAUUAUGCAAUUUGUGCAAUCUACAAACUUUAAAAUUGGAACGUUGUUGUUUCCUAACUAUGUUGCCUAGUAGCCUAGGUGACUUGAUCAACGUGCGCUAUUUGGAUCUUUCUAGAACUGCUGUUGAGACAUUGCCCGAGUCAUUGUGCAAGUUGUGUAAUUUACAAACAUUAAAGCUAGAAGAUUGUUCAAGGCUGACUAUGCUGCCCAAUGACAUGUAUAAGCUUGUGAAUUUGCGGCAUCUUGAUAUAAGGGGUACUUGUCUGAAAGAAAUGCCAAAAGGAAUGGGCAGACUAAAACAGUUGCACACUUUAAGCAAGUUUGUGGUGGGAAAGCAAGAAGACAAUGGAAUCAAAGAGUUAGGAGGGCUUUUAAAUCUUUAUGGAUCACUUGAGAUUGAGAAUUUGGAGAAUGUGAUUGAUGCCAGUCAGGCAAGGAGUGCAAGGAUAAUAGAUAAGAAGCACAUUGACGAGUUAUCAUUGGAAUGGUCUCUGCCUUCAGGUUAUGCUUUGGCUUCAGAUGCACAAACUGAAAGAGAUAUACUCCACAGCUUGCAACCUCACAACGGCUUGAAAGAGUUGAGAAUAUGGGGAUACAAGGGUACAAUAUUUCCAGAUUGGUUGGGGCAUAUUUCCUACCAAAACAUGACAAGUGUAACUCUGGGGUCUUGCAAGAAUUGCUGCAUGCUGCCUUCACUUGGACAGCUGCCUUCUCUUCAGUCCAUCCGCAUUCAUAGUUUUAGUCAGCUGAAGAGUGUUGGUAUGGAGUUUUACAAAAAUGAAGGCCAUCAACAUUCUUCGCCUAUUGCACCGUUUCCCUCACUGGAGAAUUUGGAGUUUCAUAAGAUGCGAUGUUGGGAGGAGUGGCACUUACUUGACUCAGAAGCCUUUCCUCAUCUUAAGAGGCUUCAAAUAGCAAAUUGUCAAAUGUUAAAGGGAGAUAUGGUUAAUCAGGUAUUAAUGAGAAUCAUUUUGUUCUCGUCAGAUGUUUCCAAAGUGUGCCAACUGAAAAUACAUGAUGGUAACAGCUGGGUUAAAGAGAUGAAACUUGAUGGGGAUAGGUUAUCAAUUAAGGGAUUUGAAUGUGUGGUGGAGUGUGCAUUUAAGGCAAGGAUCAUCCACCAUCUAACUUCCCUCCAAGAAAUACAUAUCUCACGGUGUGAGUCUGUUGUAUCCUUGGGGGGCAAUUGUUUACCCAAAUCUUUGCAAAAGCUCGAAAUCUGUAGUUGCAGCGAAAUUGAAUUACUCCAGCAACAACACAAGUAUGAUUUGGUACAUCUACAAAUAGAAUUCAGUUGUGAUUCACUGACCUCAUUGUCGUUGGAUGCCUUUCCCAAUCUCCAGAAUCUCAAGAUAUACAGGUGUUCAAAUCUAGAAUCAGUUUCAAUGACAGAGCCAUCACACGCUGCUCUUCAACGUCUCUCCAUCAAUUGCGACAAAUUUGUGUCAUUUCCCCAAGAAGGACUGGCUACACCCAACCUGACUGAUCUCGAUGUUAACCGGUGCUCGAAGUUGGAGGCAUUGCCACGUGACAUGAAUAGUCUUCUCCCAAAUUUACAGUAUCUUGACAUACGAGGUUGCCCAAACAUUUGUAGGUUGCCAGAUGGUGGUUUGCCGCCUAACCUGAAAGAGCUUGUUGUAGGAGAAUGCGAGCAACAACUGAGGGGUCUAUCAUGGUUGGGCAACUUGGACAACCUCACUCAUCUUUUCAUUGAUGGUUCUAACUGUGAGAUUAUAAUAAAGUCAUACCCAGAGGUGGGUUGGCUGCCUCGCCUUCCCUCCCUUACCACUCUACAUAUCCAAGACUUUGAUAAUAUGGAGACAUUGGAGUGCAACCAGCUUCUCCGCCUCACCUCCCUCCAACAACUAGACAUUUCAUUCUGUAAGAAGCUGAAGAAUAUGGAAGGAGAAAAGCUGCCUCCCUCUCUCUUGCUACUGAAAAUUUUCGACUGUGGUUUGCUGGGCGAGCACUGCAAGAACAAGCAUCAACAAAUUUGGUCCAAAAUUUCCCAUAUCCCCACCAUUACAGUCGAUUUCUACCAAAUUUUCUGAGUAGAGAUUUCUGAGCAGAUUCAGACUCUGUUGUUACUUGUUCAUCAAGCAAUCCCAUUGGAAGCUCCAUAAUAAGUUUCGAAUCUUCAUGUUGUUGUUAACCCUUGGAAAUUGUUCUCCUUAGAUUCAGAUGCUGUGGUGUACUCAUCAAGCAACCCCACUGGUAUGUCCAAAACGGCUUCCACUUCCUCCUCUUCACGCUGCCGGCUUGGUUAGCUAACCUGCUCUUUAUUCCAAGCAAACCAUUGGACCUGUGAUGGUUCAUCCAUCUCAGGCUGCUUCAAAGGGUCCAAUUUGGAAAGAUCUCACUGAACCUGGGGUUAAGCAUGUGUUGAUUGUUGGGAUUAGGAUACAAAUUCUUCAGCAGUUUGCAGGGAUAAAUGGUGUUCUAUAUUACACUGCUCAAAUUCUUGAAGAGGCAGGUGUUGAAAUUCUUCUUAAAGAUAUUGGCAUUAGCUCCAAAUUUACAUCAUUCCUUAUCAGUGAUGUCAAAACCUUGUUGAUGCUUCUUAGUAUAGCUCUAGCUCAUAGAUAUCUUUGGAAGAAGCAAAUGGUAACCUUCCCAUGUGUCCAAUAUGUGAUUGGACAUAGACAAAGCAGUUAACAGAAUUUGUGUAUUUCUGUUAUCAUUACAACGAAGCACUGGAGUUGACAAAUUUUAACCCUUCAAAUUGGCCACUAGACUGGCUAAAUACUUGCAGCAUGAAAUGGAAGGUUUAGUUAUGUUUUAGGAUUCUUUUUUUUAUUUGGAAAAAGGUACACUUGUUAAGCAUGUUCUAUUUGCUUUUAUUUGUUCUCUACUUGUCACAAACAGAUUUCUUGAUGUGCAGGCAAAUGCUACUCACCACGAUUCCUGUGUUGAUCAUCUCGCUUAUGCUUUUGGUUGUUGGAAACACCUUAGAUUUCAGCUACAUCAUGAGUUUAAUUCUAAGUUCAUUGAGGAACACCUUAGAGUUCAGCUCCAUCAUGAGUUUAAUUCUAAGUUCAUUGAGGGGGUAAUUAAGCUGGAUUGAGGUUUUGGGAACCGAAAAAGUGUGUUUUCUGAUUGGCUUCAUAUUAUUGAAAAGUAAAGACAUGAUGGAGAAAGAGGGAGUGACACUUAUUAUUGAAAAGCUUUUGUUGUUGUUGGAUUUUUCUCUAUUCCUCUCUAUAGUUUCAUUUUUGCUGUUUGGUGCAGUGAAAAAAUAAAUGAUAUGGACCGAAAAAGUUAUAAAAUGUUGUUUGUCUUUACCAAUUCUUUAUGAUCAUAGAGUUAGCUGUUGUGCAAGAUUCAUGUAGGAUAGUAAAAGGAAUCAGCAUGCAUGAGGUGUAUAACCUUCAAAAAUAGAAGGAUCAAGUUAUUGCUGUGUAAUCUGUUUAAACCAUAGAUUGAAUCUUUUCUUAAAAUUAAUAGCAUUAGAUGCCAACAAUGAGCUAUUUCAAACAGAUUUCCCAAGGUGGUGAAUGUAUGCAGCUAAUAAGGUCAAGAUUCAAAGAAUGUGCUUUCUAUAUUUGAAGAUAACAAUCAUGUACCUGAAAUAGUCAUCAGAAGUUGUAAUGAUGCCAUCAAACAAAAAUUAAUCCUAUCAAGUUCACUCAAUGGUCUGGGCUUUGAGUGUUUGAUGGCUUGUCGAUUCUGCUGGGAAGGUGGAGCUUACUAGCUCCGCUUCUGAAAAUUAUUCACCUUAAAUCUGCAGUUGGGGAGUGGUAUUGAAUUGGUCAAAAAUUUCGAUAGCAAGUUCUCGAUGUACUUCUUCAUUCUGAAUGGUUGGAGGAUUAAUAUGAGAUUUGGAGAGUGAGAUAUGGCUUGUGCGCACAAAGUAGCUCUGAUUUUGUAAAAUUUUCAUCAUUUUGGUUCAUAUUUAUAUGCAUUGGUGCUUGGUUGUUUUAACUUUAUGUAAGCAUAAUUUGUGCACUUAUUUGGGAUUCUCUUGUAUCCUUAAUUGAUUAUAGUGGUACUUCUU